AUGUCGCACGUAAUGUAUCCGGAUGAGCUUGUCUCAAAGCUAUUCGAGGAAAUCGCGUAUAACAAAGGUGAAAUUAAAUUAAAUCAGUUAUGGGAUAUCUCUAAAACAAUGGUGAAUGUGAAUGAUGAUUCUAUGAAAAGCUUUGUGUUUGCAUUACUAACAUCUAACCCUGACAUUAUUUUAUAUAAAAAUAGGAAAAUAAUUCAAAAAGUGCCAUAUAGUAGCCUGAAAGAAGAUGAGAAUGAAAUCACUAUAGGUAUCAAUGAAGAUAGCUUGUGGGUUAUCCUAACGGGGUAUAAUAAGAAAGAGAGUACAAUUGGUAAUUUUGCGUUUGAGUUACUUUUGGAAGUCGCAAAACACAAAGAAAAGGGUAUCAAUACCAUGCUACUGGCGAAGAACACCAAACAAGACUCAAGAAGUACCACCGGCAGAUUGAAGAAGUUAGCUCAUUUAAUAACUACCAAGCAGCUAAUAUACCAAGGUCAUUUAGUUAAACAGGUAACCUUAAAAAAAUUUCAAAAAAAUGAACCGGAGAUAAAGGAGUACAUUAACAUGAGGGACCAUCUUGGUACCAUUGUUAAUAUUGUCAAGAAUUCUAAGAAUGGUAUCCGCCAGACUACAGACUUAAAGAGAGAGUUAAAAUUUGACAAGGAAAAGAGACUUUCGAAGAGAUUUAUAAGUGCAAUUACCUUCCUUGAUGAGAAAGGAUAUCUUCAAAAAAUUAUGAUUAUUUCACCUAAUAAUCCGAACAUUAAGGUCAAGUGUGUUAAAUAUGUUAAAGAUUUUUCUGAUGAAAAUAAAUCAAAUCCCAUCGAUAUGAAUGAUAGUUCAGAGGAUGAUGAUGAUGCGGAUGAUGGUACUGAAGAUGGAAAUGCUACAAGGCAAGAAGAGGAAGAAGAGGAAGAAUUGAACAACCUGGAUUAUGUCAAUCCAUCAUCCAUAUUACAAGAUAAGGGAUUGAUUAUGGAAGAUAAAGGACAGAGUAAUAGACAAGAAUUACUGCUAAACAGAUUUUAUCCUCUCCAGAAUCAAACUUACGAUUUGGCUGCACAAACCACAACCGACGGGAUGCCUACUAUGAAAGCUACCAAUUUAUUAGUCGGAAAGGAUUUCCAAAGAUCUUUUGCCAAGGGUCUCGAGUACUAUGCCCAAAUGGUUGGCAAGAAAAAAUCAGAUUCUUCUGGUCUGAACCUUGUGAAGAUAUAUGAUUUCGAAGGAAAAAAGAAGUUUUACAGACUCUUUACAGAAGAAAAUUUCCAGAACAUGACUGACCCUACAAAACGAUAUGCUCCAGAUGAACUUGCCCCUGUAAAAGUUCAGAAACUCUCUUUAGAUAAAUUGAAUAAGAAAAACUUUAUUCCAUUAAGUAACACACUCAGAUAUGGUGUAGACUCAGAUGACAACGAAGUUUUCUUUUGGCAUGGAUCAGACACCAGUUUAUUAACAGCAAAGGAUGUUAAGAAACUACCAAAAAGCAAAAAAUCGAAACGAGGAGAAAAGGAUGAUCUUACCGAGGAAGAUAUUCCAAAACUUAAGAAAAUUAAGCAGGCAGUAGUUGAAGAAACAUUAGUAAAUGAUAAUAAAAAAGAUGCUGGUCCCUUGGUCGAAUUAACAAAACCAGAAGAUAAGCCGCUCACUGGGAAGCGUACACUUAACGUUGAUGGAUUUUUUGCAAAUUCUCUAAAAUCGUUACAAAGACAACGUACUCUUCUUAAUAUUGUCAGUAAAAUGGGUGGGGUAGCUUACCUGAAAGAAUCACUCUACGAUGACCUUUCAAAAGCACUUGGUUCAAAUACGAUGGUAGACAAAAAGACUGCUCGUACUGAUGUGGAAAGAAUGGUCAAAAGUGGUAAAUUGCUUGUUUACUCGAUCCCGGAUUCAAAAAAGAAAUUGAUACACAUCCCUGGUAUGACAGAAAGUGAUUUGGACUUGUACAUGGACAAGGAGAAGAAUAAGAAAAGAUACAUUUAUUCCUCCACUUUACAUACCAGUGAUCUUUACUUUUUUGAUCAAAUGGCCAAAGAAAGGUUUAACAGGCGUGAGAAAUCUGUGCAACGGCUACGUGACUUCCAAAAUAGAAGCAAGUCUGAUACCUUACCUUCGGAUAAAGACAAGCCCAGAAGGCCUCGUAAACCUAGGACUUCCAAAGCAGCAGAAGCCGCUGGACAUUCUAAGAAGAGGCGAGGUUCAUUAUUUACCGCUUUAUCGGAAAAUACCAACAACCCUUCUACAAAGAAAAAGAAGAGUGUUAUCAAAAAACUUGCUUUCCAUGUUGGCAAGAAAUCUGGUCUGGAAGCUUUAAUUAUGGCUGUUGUUAUUACAAAAAGUAUUACAAAUGAGCUCCAAUGGGAUAAAAUUAGUUUACUCUUUCCUAAGAAUUCAUUAGAAAAUCUGAAAAAGAAAUGGACCGCGAGAAGAGUCAAAAUGGGCCACAAUGGUUGGAAAGCAUACGUCGAUAAAUGGCAGAGAAUUCUUGUCCAAGCCAUCAAGAAUGAAACUGUUUCUCUCCAAGAUGCUGAGAGUGUAAACCUCCCAAUUCUAAUCCCUCUGUGGAUAACUUUUGAAGAGGCUAGAAAAAAUUCUUCUGUUUCGCUGUACAAGAAUUACGAUACAAAUAUUAAAAGAUACACAUUUGUAAAAGAUCCACCCCAACAUUUUUCACAAGCUGGUAUGAUGAUGUCAUCAAUGGUCCAAAGAGAAACAUCUUUAUUAAAAAGUACAUAUGGUUAUAGUUUAAACGAUGUUGACGAAAAAGAAAUACAAAGGAAAGAUGAUGAAGAUAAUAUUAAGACAGUUAUAAGAUCAAUUCUCAUGGAUAGAUCAGAGACAGGGAAAGACGAAAUAGAAACAUUGAAAAAUGUACCAAAGGAGGAAUUGGACCGAAUUGUGCUAGAUAUGGCUAAAGCCAAACAGCUUAUUUUACGUGGUCCAAAACUGGAAGCUUCUUCGCUAAUUGUAGAAAUGUUAGAGAACAAAGGUUCUUACAGUCAAUUUUCCGAAGUUGUAGAAUAUAAUAAGAGAAUUGAAGGUAUGUUGAAGUCAGGAAACGGUAUCAUUAUUAGUCAAGAGAUUAAUGACAUAGCUGCAUGGCAGUUAAUAGAUUUAAUUGAAAGACGGAAAGUGUCACUCCAAGUUAUCCCUGUUGAAAGAGAAAUUGGAAAUUUCCACUACACUACAAGAAAAUUCGAAAUUGAAACCCUGACGCCACCUUUGAUUUGUUCUAUGGAGAAUGAUAGUGAACAAUUGUUUGGCUCUUCACCACAUAUAGCGGUCCCUCUUGGGACUGCUUACUCCAGACUUUGGAUAAAUUCUAAUGGUAGAUUACGUGAGAAUAUUUGGAAACAUCUCGUUGCGUUUGUCACUACUGAAAUUCUGUUUAGUCCUGGUAUAAUGAUAGAACUACUAGAGACGUUAAGUUAUCAAUUAGUUUCUAGAAAAGAACUAUCCGAUAUUUGUGAUUGGCUGAACAAAAAAGGACUUAUAGAGAGACUACCAUAUGGUGGCUUUAAAACAUCACAUAAAUGGUAUAAGUUAUUAGCGUGA